AUGUCAAAUUAAUCGCUUUAAAAUUAAAGUAGCUUAGAUACAAGUUUUUAAAAAGGAGCUUUAAAGAGAUGUUAAUGGACUUAAAAUAUGCAUAUGCAGAAAUUUAUUAUAGAUGAAUAAAUUAGCUCAUCGUAAUCUAUUAAAGCGAAUGAUAACAUAAGAUAAAAUAAUUGCUUAGAUGUUAGCAUUCAGAAUCCACACUUACCUAUUAAUGCCAGUUUCAUAAUAACUGAUAGCUAUGAUUAAAAAAAACAAGAUAAUUUUACUUAAGAGUAUUCAUAGUAUAACACAAUAGAUGUUUCAUAAUAAUUUGAUCCUAUUAAUUAGGAGAUGUAGUAGAAUUAAGUUAAUCAAUAAGAAUGUGCUCUUGAGCAGAAAAGUAUAUUGACUUAAACUGAAAAAAAAGAAGAAACCACUGUAGAAAAUGAUGACUAUAAUUCUGAUUAUUAAAAGUAAAUGCUAUUUUCUAACUACUAUGUACAAGACUCCCUAAAUUUUGGAAAGUGUUUAUUUGAGAGGCUAGGUAUAAAUGGGAAAUAUACUUUGUCACAAAGCUUAGCUCUUUUUUUUAAUAUUCACCGCUUUGUAAAGAAAGUGAAAAAUACAGAAAAAAAUAAAUUUAGAAAUCUAACUCUAGCUCAACAUGAAUACAUUAAUGAUAUUUCAUCGAAUUAUAAUUACUUCUUACACAGAAAUAAGUUUAGGACAACUCCUAACCUUUACGAGCAAUGGAAACAUAAGUUUGCGUAAUUAAACUUAAGAAAGAAACUUUCAGACUUCACAUUUGGUAGAAUUUUGAUAAAUUUUGCAAAAAAGUUAGAUUUUAUAAUUUUGCCUAACUCUACCUUUUAUACAAUUUUUAGUAUCACUAUGCUUAUCAUCAUACUAAGAAUUAUUAUUUUUGUUCCAUUAUUCCUCUCAUAGCAGCAAAAUACUCAAAUAGAAUUUGUUAAAGGAUCAGGCUAUUUAUGGAGUAAUAUACUAUCUUGCUUAGGUUUUUGUUUCGAAAUAAUAUUUAAGUUAAAUACAGCUAUUUACAUCAGAGGAGAGCUUAUUUAUCAAAGGAAGAAAAUAUUUAAACGUUUAUUGAAAUCUAAGAAAUUAUUUUUAGAUAUUUUAUUAACUGUUAUAAUCAUAUUUACCAGUGCUUACUCUAUGGAUUACAUUUCUUUUUUGUUAUUAUUUAAAGUUAAAGAUUUGUAGCAAAUUCUCUUGUAAUUAGAGCUAAAAUAUUAAUUAAAAGGAAAUCUUUAAGCUUUAAUAGAAAUGAUUAAACUCAUUUUUUUCAUUUUAUUCAUGGCUCAUAUGGUAGCGUGUGGAGCAAUGUUUAUAUAAAAAAUUGAGCUAUCUUCUGAAUACAACAAAGUCUGGUUUACAUAAAAUUUAAAUUAAUCAUGGAUAGAAAUGUAUGUAAAUGCUUUUUAUUGGUCUAUUGUAACCAUGGUCACCCUAGGUUAUGGUGAUAUUAUUCCUGUUACUCUCUGUAAAAAUUUUUUUAGCUAAAAAUAACACUUUUUUGCCUAGCAAAAAAAAUAAUUCAUUUAAAUUUUGAAUAAAAUUAUGAAAAAAUAUAAUAUAAGAGGAAAAGUGAGGUCUGGCGAUUGA